CACAUGGAAAAAUUAUUUUCAAGUCAAUUACCAACAAAUAACGAAAAAGAAGAAGAAUCACAAUUAAAAAUAAAUAAUACUAGCAAAGAAGAUAAUAAUGAAGAUGCUAAUUUAGAUCAGCCAAAAGAACCCAAAUCACCUGAAUUUUGUGUUCUUAUUGUUUAA